AUGACGACCGACUCGAUCCCGGGGUCUGGACCCCUCUUCCUCGGUCUCGACAGCAGCACUCAGGCGCUGAAGGCGUCGCUGCUCGAUGAAUCUCUCCGGGUGCUCUCCGAGCUCACGGUCCGCUUCGACGACGACCUCCCCCACUUCGGCACGCGCGGCGGCGUCCUGACGGGCGACAAGGGCGAGGUCUUCUCCCCCGUCAUGCAGCCGAUCGAGGCGCUCGACAUGCUGCUCGACCGCAUGAAGGAUGCCGCCUGGCCCGUGGGGCGUAUCCGUGCUAUUUCGGCUGCAGGCCAGCAACACGCCAGUGUGUACUGGUCGCGUGACGCGAGCUCGAUCAUGAGCAACGCGGACCCGGGCACCGACCUGGCGUCCCAGCUCGAGUCGGCGUUCAGCCGCGAGAUCAUCCCCAACUGGCAGGACUCGAGUACCGUCCCCGAAUGCAGCGCGAUCACGGUCGCGGCAGGCGGUCCCGACUCCCUGGCGCAGAUCACCGGUUCGAGCGCCCACACACGAUUCACUGGUGCGCAGAUCAUGAAGUUUGUGCGGCGCGAGCCGAUGGCAUACGCCGAGACGGGGCGUAUUUCUCUCGUGUCGAGCUACAUCACGACUCUCCUGUGUUUGUCGGAUGUGAAGCCGAUCGACGAGUCGGACGCGUGCGGCAUGAACCUGUACGACAUCAAGGAGCGCAAGUGGAGCAAGAAGCUGCUCGAUGUCGUUGACCCCAGCGGACAGCUGGAGGGCAAGCUCGGCGCGGUGGAGAAGGACAGCGGGGCCGUGAUCGGCACGAUCGGCCGCUGGUUCGUGGACCGGUACGGCUUUGACUCCGAGUGUGUCGUUCUCCCCGGCACCGGCGACAACCCCGCCACCUUUCUCUCCCUCAACCUGGGCGCGGGGGAGGGUAUGGUCUCGCUCGGCACGUCCGAUGUCGUGCUGGUCAGCACGGAGAGCUACAACCCUCACCCGGAGUUCCAUGCGUUCCUCGACCCAGCGCUGGGACCCGGCGAGCAGCCGCGCUACUUCAACAUGCUCGUGUACAAAAACGGCUCGCUGGCCCGCGAACAUGUGCGGAACGAGUACUUCUCCUCCUCGUGGGACAAGUUCAACGCGGCAGUGGAGCGUCUCCGCCCCCGCCAGGCGGGGGACAAGAUCUCAAAGACGGCAUUCUGGUGGCUCCUCCCCGACAUUAUCCCCGCAGGCGCCAAGGGCGUGUACAAGUAUGAUCUUACUACGCGCGUGGAGAAGUUUGAGGAUGUGGACGACGAGGCGCUCGCCAUCCUCUCGACGCAGAUGACGGGCUACAGCGUGCGAUCGGGGGACAUUCUCUCGGGCGGGCGACUCACAAAGGUCUUCGCGACGGGCGGCGCGGCGAAGAACCCCUCCAUCCUCGCCGUCAUGGCCGACGCGCUCGGGUGCGACGUCGCGAAGAGUGUCUCGUUCGAAAACGGUAGCCCAAAGGACGCAGACUGGAACGCGUGCUCGGUCGGUGUGGCCACCAAGGCGGCGUGGGGAUACGCGCGCACACAGGGGUGCACGCUUCGCUUCGACGCAUUCGUGAAGAAGGCUGGCACGUCGGGCAGCCACACCGUCGCUGCCCCCGGUCCUGGCAGUCAGGCUUAUGCCGACUCGAUGCCGCGAUGGAAACAACUCGAGAAGGAGAGUCUGGACGACAGCCUCGCCAAGCAAAAGGCCAAGCCCCACUAUGCCGGCGGCGUCAGUAUCUCGAGGCAGCAGUCCCCGGAGGCGGCGCUGCAUCCGCCCCGAGGCAACGACAUUGUCCUCGAGGAGGCGCACGCUUAG